AUGAGCACAACUGAAGCAACAACUACAACUGAAGCAACAACCACAACAACUGAGGCACCAACAACAACCACAACUGAAGCAACAACCCCAACAACUGAGGCACCAACGACAACCACAACUGAAGCAACAACCACAACAGCUGAAGAAACAACCACAGCAACUGAAGUAACAACCAGAACCACAACUGAAGCAACAACCACAACAACUGAGGCACCAUCAACAACCACAACUGAAGCAACGACCACAACAACUGAGGCACCAACAACAACCAAAACAGAAGCAACGACCACAACAACUGAAGCAACAACUACAACAGAAGCAAUGACCACAACAACUGAGGCACCAACAACAUCCACAACUGAAGCAAUAACCACAACAACAGAGGCACCAGCAACAACCACAACAACUAAAGCAACAACCACAACAACUGAGGCACCAACAACAACCAGAACUGAAGCAACAACCACAACAGCAGAGGCACCAUCAACAACCACAACAGAAGCAACAACCACAACAACUGAGGCACCAACAACAAUCACAACUGAAGCAACAACUACAACAAAUGAGGCACAAACAACUACAACAGAAGCAACAACCACAACAACUGAAGCAACAACUACAACAGAAGCAACGACCCCACAACAACUGAGGCAACAAGAACAACCAAAACUGAAGCAACAACUACAACAACUGAGGCACCAACAACAACCACAACUGAAGCAACAACUACAACUGAAGCAACAACCACAACAACUGAGGCACCAUCAACAACCACAACUGAAGCAACGACCACAACAACUGAGGCACCAACAACAACCACAACUGAACAGUUUCACGGCAUCCAACCGCUCAAAGAAGCGCGGCAGUAUCUGGCCUUUUGACAGCCACCUCACAGUGCACUGCAGCGGCAGGUCACCUAGAAGCCCUCGGUGA